AUGCAGAACCGCCGUCUGGAAGAAGCACGUCGCUAUGUCGAACAGGCACUGGAAUAUGCACCGGAACAGGCAUCAAUUUUGGAUACCUAUGGUUAUAUCUGUUAUUUACAGAAUGACUUUGCCACGGCUGCGGACGUGCUCUACAAAGCUUAUCAGUUGAACCCGAAUGUGAAGAUUGGCGUGCGUUAUGCCCGUGCGUUAUACAUGAAAGGUGAUCUGCAACAAUUUCAUCAAGUGUUACAACAAUUACAACAAAAUCAUCCAAAUGACCCAGAAUUGAAACAACUUAAUUCGCUAUUGUUAGCACCACAAACCCAAACGAGUUAA